CACUAUUAUGGGGUUUUCCUAAAAUGUGAAAAAGCAUAUCUUGCUAUAUCUUUUAUUUUAUUAAUAACCCGGAUACCUGCUAACUCUCAUCAUAACAAGUACCGACUAACAUAGUCCACCAAGGCUUUGGUAUUUUUGUCUCUGUUGGGAAUUGAAAUCAUAUCUUGCUUUAUUAUAUUCUUGCAGAUGGUAAAGACAGAUUGGUUGCUAUUAGUCCUUAUGAUGGGACUGGUGCUUUCAAGUAUAGAAAGAGCAGAGGGAAGAAAGACAGGAAUUCUUGAAGGGUCCUCCUAUGAGUUAGCAUACUCAGCAAUAAACUGCAGAAAGCACAGUGCAUCUAUAAAAGAUUUUGGAGGAGUAGGAGAUGGAAAAACACUCAACACAAAGGCAUUUCAGAAAGCAGUGAAUCAAUUGAGCCAAUAUGCAUCAGAUGGUGGAGCUCAGCUAGUUAUCCCUGCUGGUCAGUGGCUCACUGGUAGUUUCAAUCUUACUAGCCAUUUCACUCUUUUUCUUCACAAGGAUGCUGUUCUUCUUGCUUCUCAGGAAAUAAAAAAGUGGCCCCUGAUAGACCCCUUACCAUCCUAUGGUCAUGGAAGGGAUGCACCAGGAGGCAGGUAUAUCAGUCUCAUUUUUGGUACUAACCUCACAGAUGUCAUCAUCACAGGUGAGAAUGGGACAAUAGAUGGGCAGGGUGCUGUCUGGUGGCAACAAUUUCACAGGAAAAAGCUAAAAUACACAAGACCUUACUUGAUUGAACUCAUGCAUUCUAAUAAAAUUCAGAUAUCAAAUCUAACCCUUGUCAACUCUCCUUCUUGGAAUAUCCAUCCCGUUUAUAGCAGCAAUAUCAUUAUCCAAAGCCUCACUAUUUUAGCACCUGUAACAUCCCCAAACACUGAUGGAAUCGACCCAGAUUCUUGCACAAAUACAAGACUAGAGGACAACUACAUUGUAUCUGGAGAUGACUGUAUAGCAGUCAAAAGUGGCUGGGAUGAAUAUGGUAUAAAAUAUGGAAUGCCAACAAGUCAUCUGAUCAUCAGACGUCUCACUUGCAUUUCACCUUACAGUGCAGCAAUAGCAUUAGGAAGUGAAAUGUCAGGUGGAAUUCAAGAUGUGAGAGUUCAAGACAUUACAGCCAUCAACACAGAAUCAGGAGUAAGGAUAAAGACAGCCGUGGGACGAGGCGGCUUCGUCAAAGAUGUAUAUGUCAAGGGGAUGAAACUGCACACCAUGAAAUGGGUAUUUUGGAUGACAGGCAACUAUGGUUCACAUGCCGACACUCAUUGGGAUCCUAAAGCCUUACCAGAGAUAAAAGGGAUCAAUUACCGGGAUGUGGUGGCUGAGAACGUGUCAAUGGCCGCCCAGCUAGAGGGGAUGUCCGGGGAUCCUUUCACUGGAAUCUGCAUGUCCAAUGUGACAAUUGGAUUAGCAAAGAAGGCCAAGAAAUAUCCAUGGACUUGCACUAAUAUUGAAGGAAUUAGCAGCAAUGUGCAACCUCCACCUUGUCAGUUGCUGGCUGAUCAGGGCCCAAAGAAGAGUAGGAUGUGUGAUUUUCCUACAGAAAGUUUACCCAUAGAUAACAUAGAGAUGCGAAGAUGUUCUUAUAGAUUGAAUUACUGAUAAGCUUUCCUUACAUGUACCAGUUUUAUAAUUUUAGUGAACUAUCAGUACUUUUCAUGGCUA